UCGAUAUCAUCGCCCUCUUGACAUCGUCUCGACCUCAGAUUAUAGUCCCUCACGAUGACAACCAGCGAACUCUCGAUCAAUCCGCUCGACUACAAGUCAUCCCCACCGGCAUCGGGCGAGAAAUGCGCCUGGGUCGUCUUCCUCCUCACCUCGCCCUCUUACCUUCCCGGUAUCCUCGUCCUCGCGGCUUCUCUCCGUCGAUACAAGUCCAAGUAUCCUCUCGUGGUCGCCAUCAACCCGGCUCUUCCUCCGGAGACUAGGUCGGCAUUGCAAGAAGCUGGGUUGGAAGUCAGGGUCGUCCAGCCGUUGUUGCCCACGGGGAAAGUCACCAUCAUCGCCGAACGGUUCGUGGAUACCUGGACCAAGUUGGCCUUGUUCGAUUUCGUCGAAUAUGAUCGACUGGUCUUGAUCGACGGCGACAUGAUGCUCAAGCAGAACAUGGACGAGCUCUUCAACAUCCCGCUCGAACCCGAUCAGAUCGCUUGCAACUUUGCUUGCGUGUGCAACCUGGACAAGUCGAGUUGGGCACCGGAGGAUUGGACCCGAGAGAACUGCGGUUACACCCCCUCUCACCACCCGGACGCUCUCACCCACCCUCAACCCGCCCAGAGCACCACCCCCCGAACCCACUCUCUCCUCAAUUCCGGGCUCGUCGUCCUCACCCCGACCCACGAAAACGCUCAGGUCAUAAGGAACUUGUUGACUUCCACCUCGAUCGCCGAUCAAGAAAAGGUUGCGAGCUGGAUGUUCCCGGACCAAGAUCUACUCGCCGACGUCUUUCGGGGGAAAUGGAUCAGCUUGCCCUGGUCUUACAACGCCAUCAAGACGAUGAGGUAUUGGCACGGGAACUUUUACAGGGACGAGGAGGUCAGGAAUUUACACUAUAUCUGUGAUAAACCUUGGCAACGACGCCCUCGGAGGAACUCGACGGAGGAAAAGGAGAGGACGGGCAAGGUGUACAGCGUCUCUCCGGGGGACUUUGAGGGGAUCAAGGAUGAGACCCUAGGGAUCCCGGCCGAGGAUGCGGAUGCUGUGACGCACGGGUGGUGGUGGGAAGAAUACGACGAGAUGGUCGAGGGUAUGAAGCGGGACGGGUAUGCGUGGACGGAUUAUCUGGAGAGGUUGGUCGCUCAGUAGCGGAGAGGUCGGACAGAGAAUAGUCGGUUCGAGGGCUCGUAUCGGGGUUGAGGGCACGGGCAAGCAGAACAAAUGAGGUGGUCAUGGGGGAUCACGUAGAUACCGGCGGUGUUCGGAAUGAAACGAAGGGUUCGUGGCAUAACAAAAGACAGAGCGUGUAUGUUAGAUGACGAGCCGCUAUGCAAUGUGAACGUGUCGUAUGGUAUGG